ACUUCUUCUGUUUGACACUACCAUCGCUCUCUUAGCAUUGGGAUCUUUUUUUUUUUUGUUUGAAUAACCUUCGGAAAGAGAUGGUAGGAAUCAUUUCUUAUGGUGAUCCUUUUAUGUAGAUGGUGUGUAGACGGUAUUUUUAAGAUGAUAGAAUUUAGAGGUGGCUGGCAGAGACAAGAAGGAAAGGUUUGUAGAUUGCUGUGGAGAACACGGUUGAAGGAAUACCAUUGCAGUUGACACACGAACACUCAAGUAAUCCAGGAGUUAUUCCAAAGAAAUAAGAUUUCAACGGCAUGGUUCUUUGUUAAAUAUUUUAUUUGUUGAUUUUUUACGGUUGUAUUUAUAUUUAUUUGAUUUAUGAAAAAAAUAAAUAAAGGCACUUUGGGGGUUCUUGUUUAGAUUUUGAGUUGGUGACUGGUGCUCCAGAGGUCAUGAAUGGUUGGUUAUUUUGGUUAUUUGUGGAUAGUCGUCAAUAUAUUACUGAAAAAAAUAGAUGAAAUAUAUUAAAAAGUUUUGAUUUAGGAUCCAAAUGGUAAUUUUACCAACACUAUAAUACCUCUUUUCCUCCGCAUUUUCUCCCGCCGACUCCACUCGACUGAGAGGGCGCCGACAUGGGGAAGAAGAGCGAGAAGGAGGAGAGCUUCCGGCCGGCGGACCCUGAAACGGAGGAGAAGAAGAGGCUCAGAUCCCUCGCGUUCUCUAAGAAGCUCCUCCGCCGCGCUCCCUCGAAGCCCUCCGCCCCUCUGGAGCCCUCCAAGUCCGUCCUCAAGCUCCAGGGCCGCGACGUCGUUAAGCGGGGCCAGCGGAAGAGCCGCUACCUCUUCUCCUUUCCUGGCCUCCUGGCCCCUCUUUCCGGCGGCCGCGUCGGCGAGCUCGCCGACCUCGGCACCAAGAACCCCAUCCUCUACCUCGAGUUCCCUCAGGGUCGGAUGAAGUUGUUCGGCACGCAUAUGUACCCCAAGAACAAGUAUUUGACUCUCCAGCUCACGAAAUCGUCCAAGGGUGUGGUCUGCGAGGACACAUUCGACAGUUUGAUUGUGUUUUCUGAUGCUCGGUGGAUUGGGCGAAAGGAGGAAAAUCCAGAAGAACUCAAGCUUGAAUUCCCCAAAAACCUUAAUGAGGGAAACCAUGCUGCAGAUUGUGACUUUAAAGGGGGAGCUGGUGCAACAGUUGAAGAGUCAUUGAGAGGUAACAUACCUGGAAAGGAUUAUGUAGAACCAUUUUCCCCUGACACUGAUAUGGAGGGUGACAUGCCCGAGGAUUCCCAUUUCAAAACUGAAGAAAGCACAAAGAAUCUGGCAGAAGCAACUCCAGUUCGACAAUCAACAAGAACUGCAGGGAAACAAUUAAAUUAUGCAGAAUCAUCUUCUGGAGAUGAUUCCAUCGCCAGUGAUGCUGAGGUACCAGAAAUGAUGAGUGAGAAGAUCAAAAUCGAGGAUGACUUUUUGGAAAAAAAGAUCAAUCCGAUGCAAAAAACAGAGGAGUCUUCUUCAUCAAUGAAAAGGUUGAAGAAAAAUCUCUCAAAUAAAAAGGGUCCCCUGGUUCAAGCUACUUUGUCUACUUUGUUUGAAAGGGUAGAGGAUAAGAAAUCUAAGCGCAGCGCAGAAGACUCUGCUGGACCAGAAGGUCCUAUUGGUAAGAGGCAACGGAAACAAAUAACUGAAGAAGUGCAGGUGAAGCAAUCUACCAAGAAACCGUCUCUAUCUGGCAGAAAAAAGAGUGGGACUGGGACUGUGAGAGUGCCGAAGAAGUCCAAGGUACCAGAUGAUGAGAUAGAAGAAAUCUCCAGUGAAUCCCAGGAUGACAGUGAUGAAGACUGGGCCCUGUAAUGCAAUGAAAUGGACAUGGAAGAAUACUGAUAACCUCUACUCCAGGUGAGCCUUGAAGCCCAGAAACCUGGAGAAGGUCUAUGUUAUAGAGCAUUCAACACCAACAAAAAAGUCGAGCAGGAUCCCAUGCAUUAGGACAUAUCUUGACAGAGAUCCAGGAAACUGGAAUCAAGUGAUGAUACUUGCUCAACUGGCUUAGAGUUGGCCAUCUAUCUGAUAAAAGGUACUCUUGGAGUGUGGGCCCUCUAAAGUUGCUUAACAACCUAUGAGCGUUGUCUCAGAAAAGUCUAAGACUAGAAUAUCGAGUUUUCUUAGCUUCUUACUCACAUAUUAUGGAUAGAGUUUUGCAUUUCUUGGAUUCCCUAGUGAAGCAUUAUUGCAUUUCGUAUACCCCAAUGGAAGCUGCAUAUAUUAAGUUGUCAUCCCUGUGAGGAAUGAAAAGAUCAGGCAACAAAUCCAAGAUUAUUGGGGAAAUAAAUAAUAUAGUGGUGACUCCAAAAUUGUCUGCUGAAGGUGGGUCCUUGCAAAUAGUAUUGGCUGUGCUUGAAUGAAAAGAUCGGUCCUAUCCUUCUCUUCUAUGAUCAACAGUUUGAUUACUGAAUGCUUGAAUGCUGAAUGGGGUAAGUUUAUUUCGGCAAGGAUGUCGAUGAGCUGCUCUAGAUAAUGUGGUAGGCUGCCUUACGUUGUGAAAUUUUAUUUAGCAUCACAAUUCCAUGG